CACGGUUGUUCCCUCCACACCAUAACUUUGUCACCCAUUGAGAGUGUGAACAGAAGCCUUUUUGCUGCUCCCAUCUACCUCCCCACCGCACUCGACGGAGUCCAUGGCGGGAGCCGCCCACUCACUCGUCCUCACGGCGCUUCCCGCCACCGGUUCCUCCUUCCCUCGCAGAAACGUCCUCUUCCCCGCUUCUCACCGCCUUCCCUCCGCCGUUAAACUUGUCACUCUUCGCUCCGCUGUUUGCGUCGCUCACCGUCGAAAACACUCUCCCGUUAGAGUCUGUGCCCAAUCCCAAGAGAUGGGUGGCAGUGGAAGCAAAGAAACAAAGGGAUCGAGUUGGGCGGAACCCAUUUUCAGAUUUGCUAGGAGUAACGUUUUACCCUUGGCUCUGGUUGCUGCAGUGGGGUUAGGAUUAGUAUAUCCUAGCCUUGGUUGUGCUGUUGAUAAAUAUAAUGUGUCAAAACUUGGUCCCUUUGGAAUUUUUGUUAUCUCAGGGUUGCUGUUGCGUAGUGAAGAAAUAGGUGCUGCUCUAGAAGCGUGGCCUGUUGGACUCUUUGGGCUUGUAUCUAUUUUAUUUCUGACCCCAUAUUUUUCCAGGAUUAUAUUGCAAGUUCAGCUCCAACCUCAGGAAUUCAUUACAGGACUAGCUAUAUUUAGCUGUAUGCCAACUACGUUAUCAACUGGUGUUGCACUUACCCAGCUUGCUGGGGGAAAUUCUGCACUAGCUCUUGCAAUGACUAUAAUAUCUAACAUGUUAGGAAUAUUAAUUGUACCACUUUCCAUCACAAAAUUUGUAGCUAAUGGAGUUGGAGUGACUUUACCCACCAAGCAGAUAUUUAAAAGUCUUGUUUUAACCAUUUUAAUCCCUCUUAUUUUUGGGAAGGUUCUACGUGAAUCUUUUAAAGGUGUGGCUGACUUUGUUGACAGAAAUCGCAAGCUUUUCUCAAUAAUCAAUGCACUUCUCCUUAGCCUGGUACCUUGGACACAAGUGAGCAAGUCAAGGCCUUUACUGCUAAUGGUGAAGCCCAGAGUUUUUCUUGUAGCUAUUGGACUGGGAACGUAUGUCUUACAUUUUUGCUACCAUCAUGCAAUAGUGAUUGUGAAGAAAGCUGACAGAACUGGUAUUCCACCCACAUUACACAAUGAUCUUCAUUCACAAAUGAAGAAUAUUGCUACAAAAGCUAUGGCGGUUUAUCAAUUGGCUAAGGGUAAUAAAAAAAAGACUCAAUGGCUUCAUCCCAAAGCAAGGUUGCAGCCUAAUGGGAAUGAUUGUGGAUAUUAUGUGAUGAAGAAUAUGGUUGACAUUGUCUCUGCUAGUAUUACUAAGUCUUGGAUGGAGGGUUCAAAGUUGCUCACCUCCGCUACUCUCCUAAUUUAUGCUUAUGGUGCUGGUGGCUUUCUUGCUUGGGGGCAUUAA